AAGCCAUCAAUCCUGAUGCAGCAUGCACCUCUAGUCAAAUCUAGUGAUUUCAUCGAAGCAAUGAAAAGUGCUCGUUUCUUAGCAUCAAACAUUGAACGAGCAGUAUCAACCGCUUUAAAGCCAGGCGAAGAAGUUAAAGUAUUUCCAUAUUCUCUUGUCUACGUUUAUUACGAGCAAUACCUUACUAUCUAUGGUGACUCCAUCCGAAGUCUUGCCUUAUCAAUAACAGCUAUUUUCUUGGUAUCCUUUGUUUUGUACGGAUUUGAUAUCAAAGCAUCACUGAUUGUCGUUCUCACCAUUAUAUGUAUAGUAAUCAAUCUUAUGGGAAUGAUGUAUUGGUGGGACAUUUCACUGAAUGCCUUGUCUUUGGUUAAUCUUGUUAUGGCUGCUGGUAUUUCAGUUGAAUUUUGUUCUCAUAUUACUCAUGCUUACCUAUUGAGUAAUGAAGCAAGUCGUGUUAAACGAUCCCAAGAAGCCUUGGCUACAAUGGGUUCAUCUGUUUUAUCUGGAAUCACAUUGACUAAAUUUGCCGGUAUUCUGGUAUUGAGUGCAUUUGGAGGCAAACCAAGGCUGAGUAUUUGAUUUACAAAUUAAAUG